AUGGCAAAGGAACGGUAUGAUUAUGAUUUCCAUUGCGUUCUGGUCGAGCCACAACAGACAAGCAGCGGCAAGAUUGGCGCCCUGGCAGUCUCCCGCCGACCCAGUCUGAUUUCUACUAUUUCCGGUCUUGGCCUGCACGAUCUAGUGCAGAUGUUAUCCUGCCUGAGGAGGUCGAAUAGCGCUCCGAUAGACCUUGUCAACAUGGAAGAACUUAAGGCUUCAGCAGCAGCCCUGUUUCAGAGUGCCUCUGAUCCCAACCCUUCUCUCGGCGACGUUGACUUACAUACAACUGGGAUUCCCAUGGAUCGACUUGCUCUAGUCUUUGCCGUUCUCGCAAACUCGACUUUUGAGCUUCGCGAUCCCCAGAUAUGCCCGGCUUUUCUAGAGUUGUCCACAAUUUUGUGCGAGGAUUACGCUGGAGAGUCGACUUUUGACCUGGUCGUGACGUUCUUGCUUCAGCAUGUUUGUGUCCUACGCACGAGCACUUCGAACAGAGCAAGAGAUUUGAUCGGCCAAGCUGUACGAGCUGCACACGAGCUUGGUAUCAAUCGAGGUCGUGGGGUUCGAAACGCUUUUCAUGCAGCUCGACUGUAUUUGUUGCUUUUCUUCUGUGACCUAUACUCUGCCAUGACGUAUAAUACUCCACCAUAUAUCAAACCGGACGAUUACGAUCCUUCUGUCUUUCAGCCACUACUGCAAACAGAACCUCGGUUGAGGUCCCUUCUCGACCUUUUGAGUCUGAACGGGCAGAUCGUCAACAAGCUCUAUAACGAAGACUAUUCAUACGAGAAGGUUAUGUCUCUGGAGGACGUCAUUGGACAAGUUUACUCCAGAAUCGGCAAGCCUUGGGACAGCAAGUGGCAUAGCGAAGAUUCUUUCGUAUUCCGGUGUGAGACAUUGGCCCUCAACCACAUGCACUGGUCGCGAAUUCUGCUUCGGAGCCCUCUGUUACUGUUGAAGUCGCACUGGGUUUCAUCUCUCAGCAUUUGCGUUCGAUCGGCCCAAACACUCCUUUCCAUUUACUUCAACAUUCUCGGUCCUGGAAUCAGAGUAAUGGCCCACGCAGCCACACCUCCAGUAGAUAAUCACGAGGGACGACAACUUCAAGAGGCCACCAAUCUGCCACCGACGUGGCGCCAGGUGCAGCGGAUUACCACCUCGGCCCUAAUAGUCAUCUAUUGCUUCUGGCAUGGCGAGACUUCUUACGAGGAAUCAGGCCGUGCCUGUGCUAUGGCACUUCUUCUGCUGGAAUUCCGGCGCACGCGGUGGGGAUCGACGCUUGACGAUGCACAAAGAUCAAUUCGAGCCCUUGCCGGUAUUAGUGGCAUUUGGUUACGUCCAUUCUUGGAGGAAAUGCUUCCCCGCGCCAGUGAAGAAUGUCUAGCAAGAGUGGCCGGUGAUCACCCGAGUUUCCCAUUUGCCCAGCCUGACCGAAGUUUGACGAUACAGGAAGCACGAGGAGAUCGAUUUGAACAGCUCGAGUGGCAUUCCGCUCUCACCGACCCGCGGGAUCAGCAAGGUCAGGCACCCUCAAACAUGAAUGUUGCAGACGGAGCACCAGCUGGCUCAUCAACAGCUCCGUCCCAGGACAUAUACGACUUUUUGUUAUUGGAUUUACCCAUCUCAUCCUUCUGGAAUUCCGAAGGCUCCUAA